AUGACAGAGUCUUCAACCGAUCCCCUUCCCCGGCCCCCUUAUGACUCGCAGCUGGUCCCCCUGAUCGGAAAGACGCCACCUUACCCUCUCCGAAAGGAAGAUGUGGCCGAGGGCCGUCGAAUCCGGGCAAGAAACCUGGCUCCCAUGCAAGCUUCGAUUCGCGACGACCCAGACCUGACAGUCAAAGAUUUCGCAAUCGCGGGGCCAGACUGCGAGAUACCCAUCAUCAUCAUGCAGUCCCGAAGUCCCAAAACGCCGAAUGGGAAACGGCCUGGAGUAGUCUUCAUCCACGGUGGAGGCAUGGUGGUGGGCGACGCAUUUCUUGGGCUGCCUUUCUACGUUCAAGUGGCUAAAGAGUUGGAUGCGGUGAUACUCAGCGUCGAAUACCGGCUGGCACCCGAACAUCCGGCUCCGGCCCCGCAAGACGACUGUUUCGCCGCGCUUGAAUGGGCAAGUGCGCACGCCGCCGAACUUGGCAUCGAUAGCAGUCGUCUCAUGAUUGCAGGGGCAUCGGCGGGCGGCGGACUGGCCGCCGGCGCCGCUCUCAGAGCCAGAGACCUCGGAGGUCCUAAGCUGUGCGCACAGCUGCUUGUCUACCCGAUGCUGGACGACAGAAACAUGACCGUGUCUAAGAAGCAGUUCAUCAAAGACGAUGGGGUUUAUGACAGCACCGACAACGACUUUGCAUGGCACUGCGUCCUCGGAGACAAGAAGGGGGCUGCGGAGGGAGUCAGCCCUUAUGUAGCGCCCGGAAGGGCAACGGGCCUGUCUAAUCUGCCACCGGCGUAUAUCGAUGCCGGUACAGCGGAGCCAUUUAGAGACGAAAAUGUGGCAUAUGCGAUGAAGCUAUGGGAGUGUGGUGUUCAGGCGGAUCUGCAUGUGUGGAGCGGUGGCUUCCACGGGUUUGAUUUUCUGGGCCUGCCGAUCGGGGCUGAAGUUGCUAAGGCUACGGUUGAGACGAGAAUGGGAUGGGUUAGGAGAAUAUUCAGCCAGUAG